AUGCGCGAGAUCGUUCACAUCCAAGCCGGUCAGUGUGGUAACCAGAUCGGAUCCAAGAGCAGUACUAGUGGAUCUCGAACCUGGUACCAUGGACUCGGUACGCGCAGGACCAUUUGGACAGUUGUUUCGUCCGGAUAA